AUGGCGCAAAUAUGGUUUGGCUAUACCCAUGACUGCCAGAAAUUACGUCGCAUAAAUCGAAUACCAUUAACAAUCGGCGUCUUCUUGCCAUAUCAAUACAAGCGGGUAUUGGAACUUGCUGUUAAUACCGCUCUGGAACAUAUUCACAAUCAAUCUUGUAUUCUAAACGAUUACUAUUUGAAUUUACACUUCAAGGAUACUGAGUGCAAAACAUCAUUUGGAAUGAAAGCACUGUUCGAGCUGAUGAAUGCACAUCCACGACCUUUUGCACUUUUUGGUGAUGCAUGCACGAAUGUUAACGAAGUUGUUGCUAUGGCAUCUAAGUAUUGGCAUAUUUUACAUUUGUCAUAUGCUGAAAUACAUGCAAAAUUUGCCACCGCGGAUGCUCAGGCGAUGUAUCCAACAUUUUUUCGUAUGGUGCCCGGAUAUCAGAAUUCAAAUUUAGCACGAUGUCAUCUAAUUUAUCAAUUUAAUUGGACUCGUGUUGGUACACUGAAACAAAGCGAUGAUCCACGUUUUGCACUACCACAUGAAUCACUAACAACACGACUGGAACACGGAUUUGGUGUUCGAGUGAUAUAUACUGCUGGUAUCACACAUGAUGAAAUUCAAAAUAUCGGUUAUGAACUUAAUGAAUUAAAGAAACGUGACGCUCGAAUUUUCAUCGGUGAUUUUGAGGAAUCAUUAGCUGUACGAAUAUUAUGUGAAGCUUACCAAAAUGGUAUUUAUGGUGAAAAUUAUGCAUGGAUUCUACCUGGCUAUCAUAAAAAUGAUUGGUGGCAUAAUGUAUCCGGGGUCAAUUGUACAGUAGAAGAGCUAGCGCAAGUAAUCGAAGGUCAUUUUGCAGUAGAAUUUUCACCAUAUUCGCAAAGGCUUGCUCGACUUACCAUUGCCAAUAAAACGGUAUCAGCAAUUCGGACGGAGCUUGAUGCUAGAGAAGGUUCAUCACCGGAAAGUGUUUUCAAAGGAUAUGUGUACGAUGGCCUCUGGACACUUGCUUUGGCUAUUGAACAUGUAGCAGAACUUCAUCAACAACGUGAAGGAAUUACUUGGAUGCCAAACGUGAGCGAUACAAAGGAGUGGACUAAAUUCAGUGCCGAAUUACUUCAAGCUAUCAGCAGAACUUCAUUUAUUGGUGUCACUGGACCAGUUCAAUUUGAAAAUAAUGAACGACUUGGAUUAGUUGAAAUUUUGCAAUGGAGAAAUGGUUCGUAUCUAAUUGCUGGCAUAUAUGAUGGUACAGAAGCUGUCCUUGUCCUCAAUCCUGCUCUUAAAGAUUGGAUACCACCAUUAGAUGCAACAAUUGUUGUACGUGAACGUCAAUAUAUAUCAUUCGUAUUACUCAUUCUUCUCUCAUUACUUGCCACUAUCGGUGUAGCAGUAGCAGUUUUCUUCCUUAUCAUUAAUAUCAGAUAUCAAAACCAUCGGUAUAUUAAGAUGUCAUCACCAAAUAUGAACAAUUUAAUCAUAGCAGGUUCCAUUUGCACUUAUAUCAGUGUAAUCCUCCUUGGUUUCGAUACACGUUUCGUUUCACCGGAUACUUUUGUUACACUCUGUUAUGUAAAAACAUGGGUACUAAGCCUUGGUUUCACUCUAGCAUUUGGAUCGAUGUUCUCAAAAACUUGGCGAGUUCAUUUAAUUUUUAAAAAUAUUCGAAUGAACAAGAAAGCAAUCAAAGAUUACAAAUUAUUCAUACUGGUCGGCUUCAUUGUUCUCGUUGAUUUAAUUUCAUUAACCUUAUGGGCUCGCAUUUCACCUUUCACAUUUCACGUCAACCAAUUAGCUAUAUUUUAUUCAGAUAACAAAAUGAUAGCACCAGAAAUCGAACAUUGUCAAAGUGAUAAUAGCGUUAUUUUUGAAGCUAUCAUAUUGGGUAUCAAAGGCCUUCUUAUGCUACUUGGCUGUUUUCUUGCUUGGGAAACGAGACGUGUAAAUGUCCCAGCAUUAAACGACAGUAAAUAUAUAGGAAUGUCUGUUUAUAGUGUUGUCGUAACAUGUUUACUUGGUCUUCCACUUGUAUACAUAUUGAAGGAUCGAAUAAAUGAAGCGCAUAUAUUGGGAAGUCUUUUUAUUAUAUUUUGUACAACUCUAAUUCUUUGCCUUGUUUUUGUCCCAAAGUUUACAACAAUAUUUACAUUUCCGAUUGUGGAACUUUUUCGAAAUCCUCAAGGCACUGAGUUACGUUAUCGACGUGGUUUAGUGAAAUCUUCUCUUAGACGAUCGGAAUCACAACGAGAUUCACAAUACAAAGAUCGAGAGCACUUGCAACGUUUGGAAGAAGAGAACAUAUUGUUACAUCGAUAUUUACUUCAGAAGACUAGUAUACUGUGGGAGUUGAAAGAGCAGUUAAGACAACUUGGAGAGCAAGAGGAUGACAUAGUUACGCCGCCAAGUGACAAGAGUUAA